GGUAUUAGAGGCUUGAUGUUGGAUAUGUAUGAUUUCCAGAAUGAUAUUUGGCUGUGCCACUCCAUUGAUGGCAUUUGUUUCAACUUCACUGCCUUUCAACCGGCCAUCAAUGCUCUAAAAGAGAUAGAAAAGUUCCUUAGUAUAAACCCUUCAGAAGUCAUCACCAUAUUCAUUGAGGAUUAUGUAAACUCCCCUCAAGGCUUAACAAAGGUGUUUAACGCUUCAGGCUUGUCUAAGUUCUUCUUUCCCUCAUCAGAAAUGCCCAAAAAUGGCGAGGAUUGGCCUUCAAUAAGUGAAAUGAUCAAUAAGAAUCAUAGGCUGCUAGUCUUCACUUCAAAGAAGAGUAAAGAAGCCUCAGAGGGAAUUUCUUACCAGUGGAACUAUUUGAUUGAAAGCCAAUAUGGUGAUGAGGGGAUGAAGAUGAACUCGAUUAUCAAUCGAGCUGAGUCUUUGCCACUAAACACAACAUCUAGAUCGCUGCUUCUUAUGAACUUCUUCCCAACUGAUCCAAAUAGCACAGAUGCUUGCGUUCAUAAUUCAGUUCCUCUUAUUUCAAUGAUUGAAAAUUUUCCGAGAUUUUCAUCGAACAGAUGGCCUAAUUUCGUUGCUGUUGAUUUCUAUAUGGAGAGUAAUGCAAGGGGACCAUAUGAGGCAGUAGACAAAGCAAAUGGGCAUAUGAUUUGUGGGUGUGACAAUUUUGCUAAUUGCAAGGUCAACAACUGCAGCUUUGGUACAUGUGUGGUGCCUUCCAAAGCCUCAAGAGUUUGGGAGUACUUCAACUAUGGCUUCCUAUUCAUCACACAGACACAUAAAGAGAAGGGGCGGAAUUCUAGAGACAGUCGGCGGCCGGGCGGUGAUCUGACGACGGUUGUGUGGAGGUCGGCAGCCGGGAGGUGGUUUGAUGACAAUCGGGUGGAAGUCGGACGGCGGUCAUUGGCCGGGGCCGGGUGA